GAGAGCGCCGACAAUGAGCCUCCAUAAAAGGGAGCGGCGGGGGUCUAGAGCCCAGGAUUGAGCCCUCCCCCCCGGGGUCCCGACGCUCUAGGUAUCGGGGAGGCCCAGACGCGCCCGUCGCAGGCCGGGCCGGCGAGCGGCGGGCGGCGGGGAGGGGCCUGCACGGGGCGGGAGGCGGCCGCCGGCUUGCGCUCAGGCCUGCGCGCCAGUCCUCCGGCGUCCGGUCACUGAGAGCCCCCCCGGCCGCGCCAUGGCCCUGAAGGCCGAGGGCGCCGCGCUCGACUGCUUCGAGGUGACCCUCAAAUGCGAGGAAGGGGAGGACGACGAGGAGGCCAUGGUGGUGGCCGUAAUCCCGCGGCCCGAGCCGAUGCUCAGAGGGUCUGGAGCCUUCGAUCCACGCCCCGCGAGCUCCGGAUCUUCCGGUGCCCGAGCGCCCCCUCGCCCGGGCCCAGCACGACGGCUUCGAGUGGCCCAGCAGGAGAAGACCCCACCGCCGAGGCCCAGCCUGCUAGAGGCAGGCGGCGAUGGCUGUGAGGAGCCCAGGCAGCAGGUGUCUUGGGAGCAGGAGUUCCUGGUGGGGAACAGCCCGGGAGGCAGCGGGCGGGCGCUGUGCAUGGUGUGUGGGGCCGAGAUCCAGGCCCCCUCGGCGGACACGGCACGCGCCCACAUCCUGGAGCAGCACCCUCACACCCUGGACCUGAGCCCUUCCGAGAAGAGCAAUAUCCUGGAGGCCUGGAGUGAGGGGGUGGCCCUUUUGGAAGACUUCAGGGCAGAGCAGCUGUCCCCACCCCAUUCAGACUCGGGCCAGGAGGUCGAAGUGGACCCAGACUCCAACCCGUACCCUGCCGAAAUGCCAGCAGAGAUUGUCGUUCUCCUCGACUCAGAGGACAAACCCUCCCUCCCUAGAAGGAGCCGGCCCAGGGGACUCCGCCCUCUGGAGCUUCCUGCGGCCCCUGUCCCAGAGCCGGUAAGCAAGAAGCCACGUGGUCAGAGAUGGAAGGAGCCCCCUGGGGAGGAGCCGGUCAGAAAGAAAAGAGGCAGACCCAUGACCAAAACCCUGGACCUGGACCCAGACCCGGACCCAGGUGAAGGCGAGGAAGGUGCCCCCUCACCCGACUCACCCACCGAGACUUUUGCAGCUCCCGCCGAGGUCCGGCACUUCACCGACGGCAGCUUCCCCGCUGGCUUUGUCCUCCAGCUCUUCUCCCACACCCAGCUCAGGGCCUCAGACAGCAAGGACUCGCCCAGAGAGGGGAGAGUGGCAGAAGGAGGUCUUCUGCAGCCAGAAAGCCCCUCCCCAGCUUCUGAUCUUUGCCCUCUGUACCAGAGCCCCUGUUGAAACACAAGUGGAAUCCUGGCACUGCUCUGCUCAGGGCCCUCCAGCACCGUCGCUGUCGCGCUUCAGAUAAAAGUCAGAGUCCUCGUGGAGACCGGUGGUCCUCAAACCAGAAUCUUCACCUCUCCUGCCCACCAGGGCAUCUGCAUUUGCUCUUCCUCCCGUCAGGAACGCUGUUCCCCAGCUAGACACGCCGCUGACUCCUUGCUUCCUGCAUGUUUUGCUCACACAUCAGCUCUGUGAGGCCCUCCCCGCUACCCCGUCCCCUUCCCUGGUGUACUUUUUUACUUUGCUUCUGUCUGUAUAUAUUACACUGCAUUCUUGCUUUGUUCAUCCUGUUUAUUGGCUCUCACCACUGGAAUGUAAAUUCCAGGAAGGCCACUUGGCCUGCUCCACGUUCUGGGGAACCCCCAGCAACUGGACUCGUGUUGGGCACAGUAUAGUUGCCCAGUAAGUUAUUGUUGAAUUAAGGAGCCAGUGAGUAGGCUCCACCUGCCCUCAAGGAGCUUAGAGUUUGUCAGGGAGACAAACCAGCUCAUGUGACUACAAAGCAGAGUUUGUUCGGUCGCACGACCCCGUGGCCGCCGUUGAGUCAUUUUAAAUCUCGGCAAACAGUACAGCAAAAUUGUACCUGUUUUCUCUGCCAGAUUUUAAAUCACUGGGUCUCUAGAAACAGUGCAGAAGAAAACCACAAAUAAUACAGACACCGCAGCAGUUACAAUCACCGUUUUCUGGCUUUGUUUUUUGAUGUAACUUUUGCACAUGCCCAUGCCGAGCCGGACACUUUGGUACCUGAACGGUGGCUGUCAGCAGUUCAUGUUCCCCUGUCUUUAGGCCUGGUUUUGCCCAUUGUGAGUAGCUUCUCCACGCUGCUAAGGUGGAUAUCUGACCCCUGUGUGGUAGGUAUUGACUCGGGAGAUGAAGAGCCUGGUUGAGGUUCCAAAGCAGAGCUGGACGUUAACCCAGGACUCUCCGUCCAGUGCUCUCUCCUCCGCCCUACAUAUUCACCUGGGAGCUCCUUUGUGGGCACAGUCAUGUCUUUUUCUGCUUUGGGGUGUUCCCCACCCCACCACCUCUGCCCACACAAGGCAGAACCCAUCAGGCUAGGGUGCCCAGUAAGUUCUAGAUGAGACAGAGUCAGCUGAAGGUAGUUGAGGGGAGCGGAGUACAGCACUAAGCAUCCGUGUGCCAGAAUACAUGAGGGAGGAGGGUUGCAGAGGGCCUGCGCUGAUGCCUGCGGAGGUGUGAUGCCCUUGUGGUUGGUGCUGGUCCUUGGGUGAACUAGGAGCACAGCCUCCCACUGUCCCCGGGCUUCUCCUCAGACCACAGGUCCUGGGCUGUGGAAUUGAAGGCCAGGAAAUGGGGGUGUGGUUUACAGAGACCCUCGGGGGACAUCCUCAAGGUAGAUUGUCUGGAGGACCCUGACUCUCUCUCUG